AUGUCGUUGAACGGUGUAGUCGAGCUGUGUGGUGACUUUGUGGUUGUUGUUGUCUUUGUCCUGGCUGUAGUGAAUGAUGUGGAGGAGAGCGAGGGGCUGCUGUCCCUGGACAAACCUGGCUGGUACUCUCAAGGCAACUGGCCCCACCUCCACGAGCUGCUCAAGACCAUGACUGGCAAUCCUGAGCCCAAGGUAAGAUUGAUUGAUUGUCCUUCAAGAGGAAAUUCUGCUCAACAACUACUGAUCAUGUGUUGAAAUGACUAACAAGCUGUAUAGAAAUACACUGAACAAAAAUAUAAAUGCAACAUGCAACAAUUUCAAAGAUUUUACUGAGUUACAGUUCAUAUAAGAAAAUCAGUCAAUUGAAUUAAAUUCAUUAGGGCCUAAUCUAUGGAUUUCACAUCACUGGGAAUACAGAUAUGCAUCUGUUGGUCACAGAUACCUUAAAAGAAAAGUAGAAAACCUGUCAGUAUCUGGUGUGACCACCAUUUGCCUCACGCAUCGUGACACAUCUUCUUCGCAUAGAGUUAAUCAAACUGUUUAUUGUGGCCUGUGGAAUGUUGUACUUUUCAAUGGCUGAGCGAAGUUGCUGGAUAUUGGCGGGAACUGGAACACACUGUCGUACACGUCCCAAACAUGCUCAAUGAUGUGUCUGGUGAGUAUGCAGGCCGUGGAAGAACUGGGACAUUUUCAGCUUCCAGGAAUUGUGCACAGUUCCAGGUGACAUGGGGCCGUGCAUUAUAUCAUGCUGAAACAUGAGGUGAUGGUGGCGGAUGAAUUGCACGACAAUGGGCCUCAGGAUCUCGUCAUGGUAUCUCUGUGCAUUUAAAUUGCCAUCGAUAAAAUGCAAUUGUGUUCGUUGUCCUUAGCUUAAGCCUGCCCAUACCAUAACCCCACCGCCACCACUCUGUUUACAACGUUGACAUCAGCAAACCACUCACCAACACGACGCCAUACACGCUGUCUGCCAUCUGCCCAGUACAGUUGAAACCGGGAUUCAUCCGUGAAGAGCACACUUCUCCAGUGUGCCAGUGCCAUCGAAGGUGAGCAUUUGCCCACUGAAGUCGGUAACGACGCCGAACUGCAGUCAGGUCAAGACCCUGGUGAGGACGAUGAGCAUGCAGAUGAGCUUCCCAGAGACGGUUUUUGACAGUUUGUGCAGAAAUUCUUUGGUUGUGCAAACUCAGUUUUCAUCAGUUGUCCGGGUGGCUGGUCUCAGACAAUCCCACAGGUGAAGAAGACAGAUGUGGAGGUCCUGGACUGGCGUGGUUACACGUGGUCUACGGUUGUGAGGCCGGUUGGACGUACUGCCAAAUUCUCUAAAACGGAUGUUGGAGGCGGCUUAUGGUGCAGAAAUAAACAUUAAAUUCUUAUGGUACAUAAAUAAACAUUAAAUUCUGGUGGGCAUUCCUGCAGUCAGCAUACCAAUUGCACGCUCCCUCAAAACUUGAGACAUCUGUGGCAUUGUGUUGUGUCCCCAGCACAAGGUGCACCUGUGUAAUGAUCAUGCUGUUUAAUCAAGUUCUUGAUAUUCCACACCUGUCAGGUGGAUGGAUUAUCUUGGUAAAGGAGAAAUGCUCACUAACAGGGAUUAAUUUGUGCGCACAAUUUGAGAGAAAUAAACAUUUUUCUGCAUAUAGAAAAUUUCUGGGAUCUUUUAUUUCAGCUCAUGAAACAUGGGACCAAUACAUUACAUGUUAAGUUUGUAUUUUUGUUCAGUAUAUAUCCAAAUAACUACAUCACUUCCAUAUUAUCCUGGGAUUUGUGUAAAAAUGUUUAUCCAUGCAACAGUGUAGGUUUCCGUUCCUGGCAAACGCACAGAGAUCUGACGUCCUCUAUAAAUCAGCUUGUGGUUAUUCGCACCGGUGUGAAGGAGAGGGAAACAUGGCCGUGUACACCUGCAGACCUUGGCAUAAGUGUCGACAGGGCUAGAGUGCCAGCCAGAGAGCCUGCUGAGAGUACACAGCCUAUACGAUCUCUGGCAGGCAGGCAGCUCUUCUGACUCUGAGACUCUGUUUUGAGGCCUCUCUCAGCUUUAAGGAAAGGCCCCGGCUCACUGACUCGUGCCCCCUCGAGUGCAUCCAGGGACGCCCAUCAUCCACGUCCUCAGCCUCCUCUCCCUCUCCCUCUCCCCCUCCUCCAACCCUCCACCCCUCCCACCCGGCCAGGAGCGCUCAAUGCCCCCUCUGUUCUCGGGCCACGUGGAGAAAGCGCUCGAGGAAUGCAGUGUCAACCUACACUUAUGGCAGCUUUAAGGCAGCCCCUCUGGGGUGACCAGAGGGUCAUUGCUAUCCGGGAUCCUUGGGAUGUCCAUAAACCCCCCAUUGAAGUUGAGAUUUAAAAUGGUUAAGGUUAGGGUUUAUGGUUAAGGGUAGGGGUUGAGGUUGAGGUUCGGGUUAAGGUUCAGGGUAGGGAUGUCCCAAGCAUCCCAGAUUGCACUAACCGUGACCUGAGGCAGUCCGUUUUGGGUUCUCCUCACUUUCACCUGACAGGACUUAAUGUAGGCCCGCUAGGCCGGCUGAAUGGGAGGCAUUCAGGGCAGAUUACAGUCCCCUGUAGCAGUUAGCACAGGUCUGGCUGUGACAUGGAGGAUCAAAGCUUAGACACUGAGCUGCCAUGCUCAUAUAGACUCAAUGAGUAAAUUAUUCAAAUGGCACUCAUUUUCCUCUGAGUCAUUUUGCUGUAGUAAACAUACUCCACCCACUUCUCUCUCUAUCUGGAAUCUCAGACCUUUUUCUCCCCCCAGACACGAUUAACCAUUCUUAAAGUUCUGUUGUGUCAUUACAGUUUUAUGUAAUGAUCGGGGACUAAGUAACAUGGAUUAUAGUCCUUAUAUCCCUGGCCCUCUCAUGUCCGAUAUGUGAUCUCCCCUUCCCUCCUCUCUGUCUGUCUGCAUCCCAAAUGGCACCCCUAAGGGCUGUGGUCAAAAGUAGUGUACUACAUAAGGAACAAGGUGCCAUUUGGGAUGCAACUUCUGUCUGUCCCAGCCAGGCCCCACACAAUUGGGCUGUGCUUCUCUGUGGCUCUCCAGACCUGUUCACCCUGUUUCCUCCCCAGGGGAAAGGCCAUGUUGUCAGGCUGACAUGAACUUUUUCCUAGGGGGAGGGAGGGAGCUGCAGGUUGUAGCAAGUCGCAACUUCUGGGGAAAGAGUCUGAGAAGAGCAGUCUUGUUGUAGUUGAAACCUGAAUUAUGUUGUGUUAUUCGUCCCAGCCUUAUGAAAGUGUGUUUAGUAUCUAGCGAGCCCCAUGAAAGCCUCUCUAUAAUGUUUUGCCACUGUGUUGGAAUUGCCCUGUAAAUAUUUAUCGUGCUGAUCCGAUGCCUCUGGCUGCAGUGGGAAGAUGAAAAAGGAUCAGUGCACUCCGCAGCAGUGCUCUCUCUCUCUCUCUCCCUCUCCGUGGCCUGUUUCUCUGAAAACCUGAUGCCUAAGCCCGCCCCAGAACCAGAGCUCCACAGGCCCAGCUCACAGCUCCACAGCCUAGGCCCCGGCUGGCCGGCUGGCUGUCCUGUUUAUUUAUGUGUGGAACUGCAAGACCUGGUCACAGACACUGUAAAAGGCCUGAGAAGUGGAGGGGGUUUCCGGAGCGAGUCCAGCAGCCCACAUGAACACAUUAGAGACCCUCCACUCCUCCCUCACCACCUUCUCUUUAUGGGUGUCUGCCCCCCUCCAAAACACACACACAUACACGCCACUCUGCAUUCCACACAGAGCGCUGUGUGAAGGACUCUUUAAGUGUGUGUCUUUAGCACCAAAAUUGUCUCAUUAUCCUUAUAGAACACUGGCCUCAGUGGCCUGGUGUAAUUACCUUUAUUCGCUCCUUAAAAUGACCCCUCAAGAAGUCAGGGUUUGAUGAUGUGCUGAAACUCAAGGAGCUAUUUCCUUUAAAGAGCUGAUUCCAUUAAGGCAGCAUUCUAGUUUGUUUUUCCUAGUGGUUCUCUAAUCCCUCUGACGCUCUUCUUAACCCUUAGUUUCCAUCGGAGUUGCAAGGAAUACAACUAAUUACAUUUGUUGCAGUGGGUUUUGAAUGUAAGGAAAGGGGUUACCAGUCAGUUUUGGUAUGCUGUUCAGCUAAGCCUGUCUUAACGUGUUUUUCUUUCCAGCCAUAGCUAGAGUACAAAAGAGACAUGAUGGUCAAAGAAGACGUGAUGAGUUUCACAGCCACAUCGUGUCUGGUCUAGUUUGCCCUAAGUGGCAGUAAGACACGUCAGCUUUAUUGAAUUCGACUACGACUGAACGCCCCCUUUGAAAUAAAUCCAGCCAAAUUGCUAUUUUAUCAGCGCUUUACAACUGAACCUUUACAAAUCAUAUAAAGAAGUAGUUACUAUAUGAAAAAUCUACAUUUACAGAGCAGCUGCUCAGAUAAUGGACUCAUUCUUUGUCUAUGUCCUGUCUCCUACCCUCUACAGGUGGUGUACUUUGGGGAUAGCAUGCGGUCGGACAUGUUCCCUGCUAACACGUUUGGGAAGUGGGAAACGGUGAUGAUCGUGGAGGAAAUGGAGGGAGAGGGCGUCCCGAGGAGCGACGCAGCGGAGACCAACGAGGCCCAAGCGGAGCCUCAGGAGAAGAAGGGAAAGUUUGAGGUAAGUUCGCACCAGCACUUGUUUCCGUUUAACAUGCUCGCCCACCUUGCCCCUGCUGCCUAAAAGACAGAUUCACCCAACAACCAGUCCAUUGGUUCAGUGCCACAAUAUACCCACUGUAGCAUGUGUGUUUGUGUGUGUGUCUGAGAAUGUGCGUGUCUUCAUUUUGUAAGCAUUAUCAAGAGACGUUCAGCAAUUACAGUGUUGUAAGUAUACCGUGGCGGUUUCAUAUUAUUACAGUUUCACAUCUAAAGGAGAAACCUGUAAAAGCGGUGAUGUUGAAACAAGUUUAUGCGAGUCUGUAUUUCUCAGAGUAAGCCUAGUGUGAGUACGGGAAAGUCAGCAAAUAAACAUUUUAGGGAAGCUGACGUACUACUAGGAAGGAAACUAUAAAUAAAUCCAUAUGACCAGGAUGUAAUAUCACCAAGUGCUGUCCCCUCCCUCACUGACCAGGCCAUGGAGGAUGUUUUGACAGUAGAGAAGUUAGAUGAGGCAGCAUGUCUGUUGCCAGGAGCAAUGAGAGGAACCUCCUAGUUUGGAAAAAAAACACCACUAGGAUAGAUGACGCCUUCAUCUGAAGGGGACUGACUGAGGGGGUUGUGCCACGUUUGGAGCACAGGGCCUUGUAGAUGGACAAAUUGUCUCUGCCUAGACUCACACCUCCACCUCUCUUUCUCAUGCUCUUUUUCCCUUCUCCCUCCCUCUUUGUCCCCCCCCCCCCACCCCCUUCUCUCUCUAUCUCUCUUUUGCUCUGCUGCAGCCAGAGUGUAUGUAA